GACGCCCCCUCUCGGAACCCCAUAUUAACCCACAUACACCCACCCUCGGACUCCCUCCCGACGGCGAGAGCGAGAACCAACGCAGCCAGCAGCCAAUCCAGCGGCGUACAGCCUCGUUGUCUUCUCCCCUCCGAAUUCCCUCGGGAUCCCCGAAACCCUAAUCCCCGCCGCCCAAUCCGCCGCCUCCGCCUCUAGCCCCCGAUCCAGUUGUUGAUUCAGGGGCGUUGCGCCGGGCGAUGGUUUUGUAGCGACAAGUUUGAGCCGUUUUGGGAGGUCUUGUGGAUCGGGUCGAGGAGGGUUUUAGAUGGACUUGGAAGGGGAAGGUGGUGGCUCGGAGGCGAGGAAGGGACGGAAGAGGCAGAUGGUGCUGGAAUCCAGCGACUCUGAAGCGGACGAGUACUGCAUCUCGACGCGGCAGAAGCCUGACGCCGCUGCCACUGCCACGGGCAAUGCUGGCGUCGCUGCGGGCGAUCAAUCAGUGAAGGAGGCAGUGCCUGUUACUGUUAGUUCUGAGAAGCUUCUCGGGGCUAACUCUACUGAAGGGGUUGUUUCGGAGAAUAAGGGAGAUGAGCUGCAGAGUAGUAGUGAGGGAGCUAGCGGCCAAGGCAGUGCUGAUCAGUCUGGAGAGGAAGUGGUGCCUGUUAGUUCUGAGAUACUUUCGGGGCUUAAGUCUACUGAAGGAGAUUGUACGAAGAAGAAUAAGGGAGACGGGCUGGACAGGUGUAGUGCCGGAGCCAGUGGCCUUGGCAACCAGUCUGGGCACAAAGUGGCGCCUAUUAGUUCUGAGAAGCUCUCCGGGCUGAAGUCUGCUGAAGGAGAUGAUUCAGAGAAGAAUAAGGGAGAUGCUGUGAACGGGGGUAGCUCACAGCCUGGCUCCAAGAGGAGCAAAAUUGAGGAUGUCCAAGCUGGUGGUGUUGGAAACGGUGGAAGUGUAUCAAAGAAUGUAACUGGUGGGAAAAUGCUGCGCCGAGGGUUUCCAGCAUGGCGGUUCGAGAAGCCGGAGAUAAGGGCCGGUCGGAUUGAAGGUGUAGAGGAGGUGGAGAUGAAGGCAAGCAGUGUCUCAAAGGUCAAGGAGCAGGUCUUGAGUUUGGAUGACAAAAGGAGACAUGUAGAGCCACUGAAACAUGAGAAACGCAAGCCGUCAGUUGACUCUUGCCGACAGCUAUGUGGGGAGGAGAUUAAGGCAAAGGUCAAGGAGCGGUUCUCGAGUUUGGAUGACAAGAGAAGACAUGUCGAACCACUGAGACAUGAGAAACAUGGGCCGGUGAAGACUGAUAAGGGCAACUUGGUUGACUCUGGCCAACGGGAGAUUAUGAGGGUGCAAGGGAAAAGUGGCCUUUUGAAGAUCCUGCCAAAGAACAAUAAGGUGGUCAGGGAAACUGGUGAUGGCAAGAUUCUGUCGAAGAAAGUUAAGGUUGAUGGUGAAACCGGUGAUAGCAAGACCGCGCCAAAGAACGCUAAGGUGUUGGAGACCAGGGAUGGCAAGAUUGUGACAAAGAGUGGUGUUUUAAAGCUUCUUCCCAAGAACAAUAAGAUGGUCAGAGAAUACAGUGAUGGAAAGUUUCUUCAGAAGAACAUUAAGGUGGAUGGGGAAACCAGUGAUGGCAAGAUUUCGACAAAGACUGGUAAGGUGGACAGGGAAAGUGGUGAUGACAGUGUGCCGACUAAGAACAGUAUGGUGGAUAUAAAAACUGGUGCUGGCAAGAAUCCGGCAAGAAACAGUAGGGUGGAUGGAGAAACUAGUGAUGGCCAUAGACGAGAUAAGGAGAAAAGUAGUGCUCUUGACGAAUCUCAAAAGCAGGAUGCAAAUGGCGUGAAAUCUGUUGCAGGAAAGCUGGUCUCCUCUAUCAUGUUGAGGAGAAGUGAUCCAAGUGUGGUGGGUGUUUCUUCAGGCCAGCCAAUGAAACAGCAAAAUUCAAAGGCGCAACUGAAGAUCUCCUCACAGGACAACCACCAGCCUUCUCUGAGCCUGAAAGAUGAACACAAAAAUGAGAGAAAGAGAUCACUUGAGCAUAAAGAUUCACCAGCGAAUUUAUCCAAGAAAGCAAAAUCGAUGGUCACUGAUCUACAAGAAGGCACAUCUGAUCCUACUCGCACGAAGCGUGUCAUGAAGAAGCCAAGAGGAGGACCUCGUAUUGCAAUGAAGCAGAAACUCAGGGAUCAGAUAAAGGGCAUUCUCUUAGAUAAUGGGUGGACAAUUGACCUAAGACCUAGGAGAAGUAAAGAUUAUGACGAUUCUGUGUAUGUUUCUCCAAAAGGAACUGGCUAUUGGUCAAUUACGAAAGCUUAUGCAGUGUUCCAAAAACAGUUCAAAAGUUCACAUGAUGAGAAGACUACAGCUCGAUCAUCUAAACUUAAUAAUCGUGGAGCUGCAGAUGCUUCCUUUGAUGCCAUUUCACAGGAUGAUCUAGCAAUGCUACAAAGGAAUGUGCGGAAAAGAAAGAGCAAGAAAGAACACUUUGCUGAUAAUAAGUGUGGGGACAACAGAAGUAGAAACAUGAAAGAUGCCUCUGCUGGUAGAAGUUCUAGAAACAAAUACCAAAACAACAAAGAGAAGGUAAAAAUUAAGCAUCGGAGAUCCGCACUUCUUGUCCGCGGUAGUACUCGGAGUAUGGAAGACAUGGAUGACUAUAUUCCUUACAAAUGGAAGAGGACGGUUUUAUCAUGGAUGAUAGAUCUGGGGGUUGUUUCAAAAGAUGCCAAGGUCAAAUACAUGAAUAAGAAGGGAACAAGGGCAAGAUUAGUGGGUAGAGUUACUAGGGAAGGUAUUUGCUGUGACUGCUGUUCCAAGAUCCUCACAGUUGCAAAGUUUGAACUUCAUGCUGGUUCUAAAGAGCAGCAACCCUAUGCAAACAUCUUUCUAGAAGAUGGUGGGCUUUCGUUGUUUCAAUGCUUACUCAAUGCAUGGGAUAAGCAAGCUCAAAAUGAAAAGAAGGGAUUUUACAAGAUUGAUCCUGCUGAUGAUCCUGAUGAUGAUACUUGUGGUAUUUGCGGUGAUGGAGGUGACUUGCUCUGCUGCGAUCGCUGCACUUCAACUUUUCAUGUGGCUUGCUUGGGAAUUGAGAUGCCUUCUGGAGAUUGGUUUUGCCGUAACUGUAUAUGUAAGUUCUGUGGAUCUGCUGAAGAAAGGACAUCAUCUCCUGCUGAGUUGCUUUCUUGCUUGCAAUGUUCAAGAAAAUAUCACCAGGUUUGUGCACAAGGGAUUGAGAGAGAAUUUGUUUCUACCACACCUAGUGCCUCUAUUGAUUGCUUUUGCAGUCCAGGAUGUACAAAGAUUUAUAAACGACUGAAAAGGCUUCUUGGGUUAAAGAAUGAUCUGGAGGCUGGAUUUUCCUGGAGUCUGGUUCGCUGUUUUGCGGACACUGAGGCCACAUCCACCAAAAAGAAAGCACAAUUGGUACAUUGCAAUUCAAAAACGGCUCUUGCUUUCUCAGUUUUGGAUGAGUGCUUUCUGCCACGUAUCGACGAGAGAAGUGGGAUUAAUAUAAUUCACAAUGUCGUAUAUAACUGCGGGUCAGAUUUCAGUCGUUUAAAUUUUAGUGGUUUCUACACUUUUAUUCUGGAGCGGGGAGAUGAAGUUAUAUCUGCAGCAACUGUCAGGAUUCAUGGAACUGACUUUGCAGAAAUGCCAUUCAUAGGCACAAGGGGCAUGUAUAGGCACCAAGGGAUGUGCCACCGACUACUCGAUGCAAUUGAAUCGGCCCUUUGCUCUCUCAAUGUUCGAAGACUAGUAAUACCUGCCAUACCUGAAUUGCAGAAUACAUGGUCUACUGUUUUUGGUUUUAAGCCUGUUGGACCUACGAAGAAACAAAAAAUCAAGUCUGUCAAUCUCUUGAUUAUUCAUGGUACCGGUCUUCUAGAGAAGCGCUUGCUGCUGACAGGUCAAGUAAAUCAACAAACCAUUGCUACGGCAGUUAACGCUGUUGAAUGUGAUAAGAUGGAUGCUCAAAUGUUUGGUGAAGCAAGUGGAUCCCGUACACCUGUUCAUGCUUCUUGUGAAUCUGUUGUGGGUGAUGAUCUUGAAACUAUGGAUCAAGAUAAUGCUUAUGCUUAUGAAGGCUUGGUAUCUAAUCUACCUCCUGUCCCUGAAGAGAAAACUCCGGAGAGGUCAUCUCCGUUGUCCAAAGAUGAUGUUACGUCAUGUAAAGUUGAAGGAGUUGUUGAAGCUGACAAUACAGAAGUGAAAUAUGCAGAAACAGAUGGGACAUUGAUUGCUGAUAACAUUGUUGCUGAACAGAAGCCUGAAGAUAAAUCUAACAGUUAUGCAGAUUCAUCUGCUAUUCCAAUGAUAGUGGAUCCAUGCUCAUCUAACGAGCCUGGGAAAGGUGAAAAUUGCACAUCCAGUGAACAUUCUGUUCAGGUUGUUCCCAUAAGCAACAAAACUGAAUCUAAUCUCAAUUCCAUCUCUUCCAACUUUGAUACUCAAGAAGAUAAAAAGUCUUGUGCAGUUCCUGCUAAUACUGAAGUUCCUUUAGUCAGUAUUUGUCAGAAGCCUGAUAAUCAUGAGUUAAAUACUGCCAUUGCUGAUGGUGAUGCUCAAACAGUUAUAGUAAAUGCAAGGUCAAUAGAUGCCUGUACAACUAAAGAUCAAACAUUUGUUGGCAGUAUAACUAAAGCUAUUGCUACCCCCGAAGACCACAGUGAUUCCGCAGUUGAUAUUGUCAUAUCCACAGAGAGAUCUUCGGAUGAAACAAAGUGUACUGAAAGUGAUAAGAGUGAAAUGAAGGAUGCAACUAUUGAAAGGAGAAUCAUAGUUGAGAGCUCUAAUGAAGCAGGAAUAACAGUUUCAGCACUUGACACAUCAAGUGACAUUUGUGGUGAAGUUACCGCUAAGCCUACUCUAACUUGUGGGGUGGAUGGAGUAUAUAAGAAUAGCAUGGAAGGCUUGACACCUAAAGAACCUGCCAAUGCAUGAGCCUUUUCUGCUACAAAAUGCUGAAGGUAGGUUUAUGGGUAUACAUGAUGAUUCCGCAUUCUAGAUGUUUUGGAUUCUCGGAGUUGAUUUGUUAGGCUAGCCAAUCAUGUUCUGGUUUGGAAGGAGAUAUUUUGUUAACGUCAACUUUGUGGGACAUUAUUUUGAUGCUGUGCAUGGCUAUGUUUCUCGAAAGAACUGAAGGAGAUAUCGUUGGGCUGAGUGACAGAGCUGUUUUGCAUGCUGAUCAAUUGGGAGACGACAUGUCGACAGCUAUAUCCAAGCAAUCAGACUCCAAUUUUGUAUCUAUGGCUCGUUGAAGCUUCAGGACUUAGGUUGUUUGACAUCGAGACUAUCAGAUCAUGAAGCUUGAUAUUUUUCAGUAGGCGAAUGUAGUUCGCAUCAGUUACACCCCAACCGGGUCACUUUAUUUUGCUGUUUAUAUAUACAUACAUGUGAUUUUUCGGGUCUCCUUUGAUAAUCCUUUUCAUGCACCUGUUAAGUUCUCUCUGAAGGUUGGUCAAUAGGCUUUGUUCAUGGUAUAGACUAUAGACAUGUAAACGUUUGUUUUCCCCUUGUACAGAUCUAAAAUCUGUUCUUUACUUCAGUAUGUUGGUGUUGAUUCUUUACUU